AGUAUCUUCUGGAUGUCAAUGAAGUCUUUGACCCUCAUGGAGGUAAUAAAGGUAUACUGAGGCUGUGGUAUUAGGUUCGAGAGCCGGAGCCCAAGAUUAGGGUUUCCUAUAGCCGAAGUGUGGACCCACAAAGCCAAGCAGCAGUGUUUUGGUCCUCGUAUAAUUGGAGGCCUUUUAUCCCACGUGAACCUCUUCUUCAACCACCUCCUAGUCCACCCCAUCGCCGUCCUCAUCCUUGUCCUCCACCAGCACUUUCCUCAACAUUUUCGCCCACCAACUCUUGCUGCGCUCAUCGCACAACUAGUUAUGGGUCGUAAGCAAUCUCCAGGGCCUCCUGGACCCUCCAACCGUGUAUCGUUGGCGGGCAAAGCGAAGAAGGCUAAGAUGCAGAAGGCCCCGCGUCCCCCGAAUGCCUGGAUAAUAUUCAGAUCAUCGCGGUCCAAGGAGCUUCGUGUUCAAUUUGGUUCUCAAUUCUCCCAGGCCCAACUGUCCAAGAUGAUAUCGGCGCAGUGGAAAGAAAUCUCCCCUGAACAACUCGCAUACUACGAGUCAAGGGCGGAGGAUGAGAAACAGAAGCAUCGUUUGAUGUACCCUGACUAUAAGUAUGCACCUGUUUCGAAGGCUGAGAAGCUGAGGAUUCGAGAGCAGGAGAAGCAGGAGAGGCAGCUGGCCAAGGCCAUGAAGAAUGAGAAGCCGGCCGCUGAGAUCUCUACUCCUCCUCCAAUGAUGCUUGGCCAGCAGGUUCCUUAUCACGUCGCUGCACAGUAUGGCUCAAUGGGGCCAUCGCCACCCUACACCUCUGGCUCGCUCCCCUCCAGCGCGUCAACGCCGUCGUCUUCGGCUGAUGCAUCUGACCAUCAUGUUCAGCAGAGCUCGAACGCGUCUUCUUCCUCCCUUAGUCUCCUUUCAUCGCCUCCAUCGACUUCUUUUCCUCAGUUCACGUUCCCGUCCGACGACCACUCCACCCCAUCCACCGUUGUCGCCGCUGGGUCCGCGUCGACUUCGCGAGUUCCUUCAUCCUCCACAGUUAUCCAUCAUCCUAGUCCCAUUCCAUCGACAUCAUACCAUUCGCCAUUACAAUACGACUGGUCUCCUCAGGAUGAGCCGUUCGCUGAUCCUCAGGUAGAUAUGGCCACCGACGCGUUCGGUGGUGAUCACGUGUCCUCUGACGCGCCUCAAACGAACCUGACAUUUGCUGAUGAGCAAUUCCAAUUUGACAAUAUUCUCAGUCCUCCUUCGGUUUCGCAAUUGGCGGAGCAGCUCACCUUGGAACUUCCUACUUUUGUUGCACCUAGUCCAUGGAAGAGCGACCUUGAUUCAUUACAACUCGGCUCCCUGGCGGACCAGUCGUUCAAUCAGACCGUCUACACCCUUCCCGAUCUCGAUGUUCAGAACCUUGAAGCGUCGAACGCGCUUCAAGUUGACAUGGACCCCGCACAAGGAGGAUUCUCACUUUCAGAGGAAGAUGCUGCAAGCCUCGCCGCGUAUCUGCAGUCGUUGCAAGCUCCACCAGACACGUCCAACAAUGUUGGUUCGUUUGAUGAUUUCACUCAAGAUCAGCAGAUGUCUAUGGGUGGAUCGAUGGAUAUGUUCUCCUUCGCUCCCAUGCAGAACGACAACCCGUACAUGCAGUACGAUCCGAUGCAGUACUACCAGCCGCUGAUGGAGGAGCCACAGAUGCCACAGAUGCCGCAACAAGUCGACCCUUCAUUAUUGAUGGGUGGUCCUGGUCUUUCAUCGAUGCAGCAGUACUCUUAUUCGAUGGCAGAUAUGUCUUCUUCAUCGUCAAGUGCGUCGAGUUCGUAUACACCACCGCCUGGUGCCUCUCGCGUUGGUGCGCGACGUGUGGCUGGAAGCUGGCGACCACCACCGCAGUUCAUGGUUCCUACGCCUCCUGCGGGCACCCCUCAAUACCUCUCACCUAUGCCCUCGGCUUCGUGGAACGGAGUCCCUACAAAUUAGAGAACACAACGUUUUACGAACCUGUCACGCUUCGACGUCAUCUCAAUAUCGCAUCUCUCAAAUAUCCUUCGACCUUCAAGUGUAAAUGUUAUCGUAUUCCCCCUUUCUCCUAUCUAGCAUCGCCGUCGUUCUCAUCGCUAUGUCAUCCCGCUUUCCCCAUUUCCCCAUCUCCUGAACGCCUUUAUCUCGUCUUUUGGGUGACAUCGCUGGUUGCUCUCGUCGUCUAUGCUAUGUAUAUUCCCCCAAUUUUUUCUUCGUCAAACCCUCCCCCCUUUGCUUCGUAUUUGCUCUAUCUGUUUUCCUUUUUCAUCUGCUUGCAUCUCCAAUCAUAUCUCGCAUAUUCACAAAAGCAUACCCCUCCACGCUAUUCCAUUGGCCCAUUCGCACCUCGUACCCCUGCUCAAUUUCGAUGCCUCACAACGCUUCUCGCUGUUCGGUCUUUACUCCGUCCCAUCGUCAAUACUCCGUUUCGUCGCAUCGCCUUUCAUAUCUGUUACUCUGUUUAAGUCUGCAGUAACUCUUCAAGAAACCACCGCAUAUUUCGUCAAGUCAACAUACGCAAUGGACGUUGUGCUAAUGGGCUUACAUCAAUCGCCUUCUGGAUCCUCUUUUUCUCUCCUCUCCGUCUCAUCUGCUCUCCACAAUCGAAAUGUAUCCUAGCCCGCCUCCGAGUCUUAGUCACCUUAACGACCAUGUACUCAUUCCCAGGGACUAUUCAUUAUUCCUAAUUCUAUGUUCUCCAAGUUUUGUCUCUCUACUCUUUCUCAGUCUGUUUCUAGAUCUUCUCAGCUGUCGGUUACGUUGGUUCUGCUGUACCUACAGUACCGCUAGCUAUUCCGAGAUGAGAAACAUUUCUCCAGUCGUC